AUGCAGGUCCGCCCGCUAGUGCAGAGUCAGGCUCCGCUGGCCAGCCCAUCCUUCCUGAGGGCUUCGCAUUUCCAGCUUGCCUUCGACCACCGGCCCGAGGGGAACACGGUGGUCUCCCCGUACCGUACCGAUUACCCUCCUCGGUGGGGCAGCUACCGCAGGCACCCCAUCCUGCCCCCAAAAUGCGCGGGAGUCUUGAACCAAGACAUGGACGAUUCCUGGGACACCCGCUCAGAAACCAACCUCUCCUACCCACCCCGGCGCCUGGAGGCAAAGCCAGCCAUCUCCCCACCCUCCUCCCACCUCAAAAUGCAUGCCGAUUCCCGCCACAGCACUUUCACCUCCGUCACCCACGACAGCUACCCAUGCCCCCCCAGCAUGCUGCGCAACCCCCCCAACCGCGUGGACAAGUGGGACGACAGUGUCCCCAGCGGGGACAAAGAGAAAGAGGCCUUGCCCGACUCGCUCUACCAGCAAUCCUAUCCAGCCCACACGGGGAUGAGGCCGGCUGCAAAGGCCCCAAGUCGCCACCUGGGAGGAGAUUCCACCCUGAAAGGUGAUGGAUGCACCCACUACACCACCUCCUACCAGUCCCAGUACAAGGGCGAAUGGGCACCCCCAGCCCAGUCCUGCAACGAGAAUGUGGUGUCUGUCGUCUUCGGUGACCCCCGGUAUCAUCAGGCUCUAACCGAGCAGCAGCGGGCCUAUACCCCCCAGCACUCCGAGGGCCCACGCUACGACCCGGACAGAGCGGCCGCACAGGUUCACCAGACAAACAUCCAGCCCGGUGAUGGACGGCAAAGUUUUUCCACUAUCAUGUCCGAAUCGUACCCUUGGAAGGACCCCGGACCUCUGCACCUUUUGUGCACCAGGAAGAACAAAUCCUCCAUUCUCCGAGGAGACCAAGACCCCAAGAGGAACGUGGAAAACGCCACGAUGACCAACCACCGGUUUUACUACAGAGAGCCAAACCUGAAGGAGCUGCUGGCCCAGCCAGCGGGCAAAACACUGAAAGGCGAGGGGACGGUGCGCUUGGGGGAUGACCGCUUUGCCUGCUUCAGCACCACUCAACACUCGGACUAUCGGAUGCCCCCCGAAACCCAUAAAGUGGAUGCCAAGCGCUGGAAUCUCACGGAGAGCCACAUCCCUUUCAACUAUCCCGCCUCUGACCCCACCACCAGCACCCAGGAUAUGCUCAUCCCUCACCGACAGCCAAAGCACCAGCUCACAGAGGAAGAGCUGCAGAAGCUGAAACAAUCCCAUUUCAUCCACCCAUGGAAGGAGCAGCGUUGGUUCGGCACGGAGCAGAAGGACGCCUAUACGAACAAAUACGAGGGGCCCAUCACCCUCUCCGUGGGGGACUUUCAGAGGAGCAGCAUCCCACUUGGAACCAUCCCCAAGUAUUCACUCCGGAAGAAAAUGGCCUCCUGA